GAAGAUGAGGAGAAGUUGCCUAAAAUGGUGGGUUUGUUGCGAGUGAAUGUCAAAAACCCUCCAAAAGGCAAAAUAAAAUAAUUUAGAAAAAUUAAAAAAUAAAAACAAAGUGAAAAUCCAACAACAAUAAGCACACAAAGAAAUCACAGAGAGAAGAGAGCCCUCUUAUCAAUUAUCAUUGAUCUCCAAGACCCAAGCUUUGUUGUUCAAUUCCAAUCCUUUCUUUCUAUAGAACCCACAAGAGAUGGACAAAGAAAAUCUAUAACCAAUCACAGCUCCACAAUCUCUUCUCUCUUUCUGUCUUUCUCUCUCUAGAUCUGCCUUUAUUACAACUUUUUUUUUACCUGUUGGAAACCCCCUCCCCUCCCCCACACUCAUUGAUUCUCUCAAUAAAAUCCUUCAAAUUUUUGGGCUUUUCUCAUUUCAAGCCCUUUGAUUGAAGGAUUUUGCAAUAUUGUUUUUGUUUUUAUGUUGAGAUUGGCAAGAUUGGUGGUCUUUAAGUUUGAUUUUUGUGACCUAUCCGUGAAGAUUAUAAGUUCAUAAGAUUAAUGGUUUCUGCAUUUAUCAACGUGUAUUUGAUUUCUUAAAUUUCUGCUGUGGGGUUGGGGAUUGAGGAGACACUAGAACCAAGAUUAGCUUUUGAUAGAGCUGUUGGUACCUUUUUGAGGACUACUUUGAUUGCUGGGUUAUUGGGGCACGAAUAUGUGAGUAAUGGUAUCAAAUACACUGAUGAGGAUUGUUGCACCUUGUUGGAAGCCUUCUGUUGAGGGUGAUCAUUCUAAUAGAGAUGGAGAUGUUACUGGUCGGGCUGAUGGAUUGUUGUGGUACAAAGAUUCUGGACACCAUGUAAAUGGGGAGUUCUCAAUGGCUGUAAUUCAAGCAAACAAUCUAUUGGAAGACUGUAGCCAACUUGAAUCAGGGCCAAUAAGCUUGCUUGAAUCAGGUCCUCAAGGCACAUUUGUAGGAAUUUAUGAUGGUCAUGGAGGUCCGGAAGCUGCUCGAUUUGUAAAUCAACAUCUUUUUGAAAAUAUCAAGACUAUUCAUGGUGCAGAAUUUACGUCAGAAACUCAUGGAAUGUCUGCAGAUGUUAUCAACAAAGCAUUUUUGGCAACAGAGGAGGCAUUUCUCUCUCUAGUACAACAACAGUGGCAAAUUAAUCCACAAAUUGCUUCUGUUGGUUCAUGUUGUUUGGUAGGUAUAGUGUAUAGUGGACAUCUAUACAUUGCAAAUGCAGGGGAUUCUCGAGUGGUGUUAGGAAGAUUGGACAAGUUGGCUAAGGAUGUCAAAGCCAUUCAGCUAUCAUAUGAACACAAUGCAAGUUUUGAAUCUGUGAGGGAGGAAUUGCAGUCAUUGCAUCCCGAUGAUCCACAGAUCGUGGUUUUAAAACACAAGGUUUGGCGUGUGAAGGGUCUGAUUCAGGUCUCGAGAUCCAUAGGUGAUGCCUAUUUAAAGAGGGCAGAAUUCAACAGAGAGCCUCUGUUAGCUAAAUUUAGAUUGCCCCGACCCUUUGAUAAGCCGAUUCUUAAAGCUGAGCCAACAAUUUCAGUGCAGAAACUCUGCCCUGAGGAUCAAUUUCUUAUAUUUGCAUCAGAUGGUCUAUGGGAGCACCUAAGCAAUCAGGAAGCAGUUGACAUUGUCAACAAUUGCCCACGUAAUGGUGUUGCAAGAAAACUUCUCAAAGCUGCACUUCUUGAAGCAGCGAAGAAAAGAGAAAUGAGAUACUCAGACCUGAAAAAGAUUGAUCGUGGUGUGAGGAGACAUUUUCAUGAUGAUAUCACUGUUAUAGUUUUGUUCCUUGAUUCACAUCUGAUCGGUAGCAGCUCCUGCCAGGGUCCUCUGCUUUCCAUCAGAGGAGGUGGUGGUACCCCUGGAAAUUUCAUCACAUAGGUCAAGAGGUUCUAAAUCCCUGAUGCUUAAUCCUCAUUUCUUCAUUUGUAUUAAGAUUUUUUUUUUUUUCCCAAAGAGGAGAGUUUAAGGAAAGAUUUGUUUUUUUCCUUUGUUUUACUUUUCCCUAUUGUAUAGCCACGCGCCUUUGAAACUUCAACAAGUCAUAAGAGAAUUCCAUAGAUAGUGGAGUUUAUGCCUAGACAGAAGAUGCUUCAGAACAAAAAAAAAAAAGGGAAAAGAAAGAAAGAAAACCUUUGUUAGUAGUCUUGUUAUUGGCAUGUGAUACUUGAUAUGCUAUUCCUUAUUACAGCUAUGGUUUUACUCAGCUUUGUCAAGAACUAUAAGAAAAAAAAUAUUGCCAUUGAACUGAAAUUCAACCAAUGAAGUAUUAGUUUCGUUCGUUAAAA